AUGACAUGGACAUCUCCUUCAGACGCCAUGCCAUGGGUGGGAUUGUAUAUUUGCUUAGCAUCUCUGGUUUGCACUCUAGCAAUGGUAGCUGAUGUUUUUCGAGGCUUUGGACAAUGGAAACUCUGGUUUCCAUGCAGAUUUUUCACUAUCAAUGCUGCUUCUAUCACGCUGAUAGCAAUAUCAACAAAGCUACCAGUGGAUCUGAGCACUAACGUGUCUGACGACCAUGAGAAUGCAGCAAAAGUUGUCAGCAUUAUUUUCUUGGUCACCAUGUUAGCCAACUUUCUCCCUUCUUUAGGGCUUAUGAAUGACAAGGAACUUCUGCUGAAUACCAUGGCCUUGUGUAUCCUCAUACUUACCAUUAAUGUAAAUAUGUGGAUUCAAGUUAUUAUUGCUCAGUCGAGUUUGUUAAGCUGGACAACAAUCCUUUUAUUGAUUCUUUUAAUUCCAUGGCCAUUUUCGGUAGCCUUGACAGUGUCAGCAUCUAGAAGAGCUUUAGAGCAACGGUACAAGGAGUUGCACAGUUUGGCUUCAAAUCAUCAAGAGAUAAACUUCUCCAGCAAGGAACUCAUACGUUAUGUUAAAAAGUAUUGGAUGAUGGCAGAGACUGGUCAUUUCAACCUCUCCAUGAAAUGGAGCAAGCAUCAUAUAAACGUAUUCCGAGUCGAAAAACAUUGGAUCCAAACACUUCAGAUGUGGAAAAGCAGCCCUGUCCCUAAGCAUAUCCCAGGUUUUAAGGAAGAAGCAAAUGCAUCUAAUAGCAAUGUGAUAUCAGAUAUGGAAGAAUAUACUGGUUACAUCUUGCAAAUCGAACCCGAUGCGAAGCUUUCAAAGAGAAUAUUACGAAAUGUACUCAGUUCUAUAACUCGACUUCUUCAAGAGUCUGAAAAGAAAGAGCCAAGGAAUCUUAUGAAGCUUCUAGAGAAAUCUACAGGAUUCAUUGGCGUAGUAGAGUUCGACAAUGAUCAAGUUCCACCAUUACAUCCAGAAGAAGUCCAGAACUGCUGGAGCCUAGUAGCUGUAACAUUAACUGCCAUUGCUCUUGGGCUUCCUAAUAUUGCAAACUGCCAUGUCAAGGGGUUGCUUUCAAGUAUGAAGGAAGGUCUUCAAUUUGUGAGACAUGUGGAAGAAAGCCUCAAUGCAAAUGAUGAGAUGAUAAAGGCACGAAAAGCAGCUACACACGUAUGGACAGACGUUGAAGUAUACUGCAAGUGGCUACAAAUUGAUCUUCAAAAGAAGGCUCGUAAAGGAAAAAUGUCAAAGGAGAUUCUUCAAUGGUUGGGUGAUGAAGCUGCAAAAAUUGUGAUACAGUUCAAGACAAGGAAAAAUGAAAGUCUGGAUCACUCACUUUCCAAAUUGCUGCAAGUUCUAUGUAUAGGAUCAGCCAAACCAUACUGCUUCACUGCAAUGAGCAAGAAAAUUGGCCAACAGACGAGGAACUCUUUGAGUGGAUAUCAGCCAUAA